UCCAGUAACUGGGAAGACAGUAAGGGAAACAGGCUACGCAUGAAAAUUCGGGCACGCCCUUACACCAAUGUGACUUUCCAAAUACGAGAAAAGACCACCGGCAAAAUAAUAGCAACAAAUUCUACAGUCACCCCUGCUACAGAACCUGAAGUUAGGGUGAGAAGUCUUCAAUGUGAUUCCAGAAGAUGCACAGCUACCGUGGAAAACAAUUGCGUUAAAUAUAAUGGUUACAGUAUGAAAGUGCAAUUCAUUCUGAAGCCAUCGAGUAAGAAACUCAAGAAUCCCCUCGUUAAAUACGGUGCCGUCAACUCUGGGGAAAGAGCAACGAUAGCAUUAAAAGAUCUGCUGCCCUUUACGAAUUACACCGUAACUACCAACCCUGCCAACGACGUGGGCGCCGCCACCGACCCCUCCCUCACCAAAGAAACCUCCUUCAUCGCAAUUUCCCAAUGCUAUUGGAAUCCAAGGACUAGGGCAGAGAUCGACGCAAAAACAACCCUGCGCUUCACUUGGAACGGACUUCGCAGUAACAAUGGCAACCCUGCUUACUACACACUCACAUUCUUGGAUGGAGGAGACAAGAGCACUGUGAAAAAUAUCACCGAUACUGAAAUCAAAUUUGCUCACCUGACUCCAGGUAAAAAGUACACGUUAGAAGUGAAGGAGUGCUUUACAACAGUGCGCUGUGACAUACUGACGACACUUGAAGAAUGGACGGAACCAGAGAAGCCACGAGUGCUGGAAAAGACAGAACUCCAGACGACAACAGACACCACCAUCACCAUCCAGCUGCCCGUCCUGCAGAACCCCCCUGGAUCUGUGUGACUGUGUGUGUGUGUGUGUGUGUGUGUGUGUGUGUGUGUGUGUGUGUGUGUGUGUGUGUGUGUGUGUGUGUGUGUGUGUGUGUGUCAGAG